GCCGCUCCGAGGACACCUCGGCCCCCCUGGAGCUCUGCGGUGGCUGGCUGUCCGUUCCGAUCACACCUAGACCUCGGCGGGUUGGUAGGAAGGAGGCUGAGCAGCAGCCAGCUGCCCAGGAGGGCAAGGACUGGCCCACUGAUUGGCCUCUGGACUUGCGCUAUUAAAAUAUGCUGGGGACCAUUACGAUCACAGUUGGACAGAGCGAGUCUGAAGAUGUGAGGGAAAGAGACUCUGAUAAAGAGAUGGCUGCCCAGUCUGCCGUUGUUGAGGACAUCACGAAGGACAGGCAGGAGGAAAUGCCUGAAGUCAUCGAACAGAUCCCUUCAGAAAGCAAUUUAGAAGAGUUAACCCAACCUACUGAGUCCCAGGCUAAUGAUGUUGGAUUUAAGAAGGUGUUUAAGUUUGUUGGCUUUAAAUUCACUGUGAAAAAGGAUAAGAACGAGAAGUCUGACACUGUCCAGGUGCUUGCCGCCAAAAAAGAUGAAGUUGAGGGAACAGAAGGGUCAAAUGGGGCCGGUGACCACCAAGAGCUCAGCGUGGAGAUCAGGGAGUCGGCAUCCAAAGAAAGUGAAUUAAAGCAAUCCACAGAGCAGCCAGAAGACUCCCUUAAGCUCGAGCCAAGCAACACAGAGGUUUCUCUUCAGACUGAGUCUGGUCAGGGGUCAGAGGAAGGCAAAGACGAAGGAGAAGAAAAAGAACCCACCAAGACUUCAGAAUCUCCCACCAGCCCCGUUGCCACCGAGACAGCAUCGCCCUUCAAGAAAUUCUUCACCCAAGGUUGGGCUGGCUGGCGCAAAAAGACCAGCUUCCGAAAGACAAGGGAGGAGGAGUUAGAAGCUUUGGAGAAGAAAAAGGAGCAAGAGCCAGAAAGGUCAGGCGCAGAGGAGAAGACAGAAGAAACCUCAGAGGAGCAGCCACAGCCACAGGACCCCACGGGGGGUGUAGAUGAGGCCAGACUGUCCGGUGAGUUUGAGAAGGUGGAGCUGCCCUCCGAGGACCCAGGCAGCGGCUUGCAGGGCUCUUCGGAAGAGAAGUGCGCUCCACUGGCCACAGAGAUCUUCGAUGACAAAAUAGAAGUCCAGCAAGAAGUCAUUGCCGAAGUCCACGUCGCCAGCGCCACCGAGAAGAAAACAGAGGAGCAAGAAUCAGAUGUGGCAGACGCGGGAGGGCCCUCCCCACCUGAAAACCUGGUUGAAAUGGAAGCUGGAGCGGCCGAGGAGCUGGUGGAGACGGAAGACGUGUGCGUCCCCAGAGAAGACGGUCCCCAGCCAGCUGAGCCGAGCGCCGAGGAGCAGGGGGUGUCCAGACACCCCGAAGGCGUGGUGAGUGAGGUGGAAAUGCUGUCAUCACAAGAGCGAAUCAAGGUGCAGGGAAGCCCCCUCAAGAAGCUCUUCACGAGCACUGGCUUAAAGAAGCGUUCGGGGAAGAAACAGAAGGGGAAGCGAGCCGGCGACGACGAGUCGGGGGAGCAGCCUCAGGCUGCAGCAGAGUCGCCGGACAGCGCCGACGAGCAGAAGGGCGAGAGCUCCCCUUCAUCCCCCGAAGAGCCCGAAGAGAUCACGUGUCUGGAGAAAGGGAUAGCAGAGGGCCACCAGGAAGGGGAAGCGGAGGAGGGAGCGACUUCGGACGGAGAGAAAAAGAGGGAAGGCAUCACACCCUGGGCAUCCUUCAAAAAGAUGGUGACGCCCAAGAAACGGGUCCGGAGGCCCUCGGAAAGCGACAAAGAGGAUGAGCUGGACAAGGUGAAGAGCUCUACCUUGUCUUCCACGGAGAGCGCAGUCUCGGAAAUGCAAGAAGAAACCAAAGGAACCGGAGAGGAGCAGAAGCCCGAAGAACCAAAGCGCAAGGUGGACACGUCCGUGUCGUGGGAAGCUUUGAUCUGUGUGGGGUCAUCCAAGAAAAGGGCAAGGAAAGGAUCAUCUUCUGACGAGGAAGAAGGACCGAAAACCACGGGAGGAGACGGCUGCAAAGCAGAGGAAGCCGGCAAAGACAAAGAGACGGGAAGCAACACCAUCCUUGCCAGCUCCCAGGAUCAGGAUCAGGGGCCAGGAAGUUUCUCCCCCGAGCCAGCCGGAAGCCCCUCGGAAGGGGAGGGUGUUUCCACCUGGGAGUCCUUUAAGAGAUUGGUCACCCCAAGGAAAAAAUCCAAAUCAAAACUGGAAGAGAAAACCGAAGAGCCCGCUGUGGAACAUUUAGCUUCAGAGGUUGAACCCGGGAAGGAAGAAUCUUGGGUCUCCAUUAAGAAAUUUAUUCCAGGCCGUCGGAAGAAAAGGUCGGACGGCAAACAAGAACAAGUCGCCGCCGAAGACCAGGGGCCAACAGAAGCCAACGAAGACGAUCCCGAUGUCCCAGCUGUGGUACCUCUGUCCGAGUACGAUGCGGUGGAGAGGGAGAAGCUGGAGGCACAGCAGGCCCUCCAAAGUGCAGAGACGUCCCAAGGAAAGAUGCCUGUGGACGUGCCUGAGGAGCUCAGCAAGAAUCUGGUUCACACGGUGACUGUGGCCGUCAUCGAUGGGACCAGGGCGGUCACCGAUAUUGAAGAACGGUCUCCUUCUUGGAUUUCUGCUUCAGUGACAGAACCCCUUGAACAGGCGGAAGAGGAGGACAUUCCAUUAAUUGGGGAGGUCACUGAAAGAGAAGUCAUUGCAGAAGAAACCCCCGUGGUCACGGAGACUUUGCCAGAGAGCAGAGAGGCCCAGGAUGUCACGAUGGCCAGCGAGGUGGAGUUGACUUCCGAGGCGGUGACGGCUGCAGAAACCACCGAGGCGCUGGGUGCCGAAGAAGCAACAGAAGCGUCAGGUGCCGAAGAGACUACGGAAAUGGUGUCAGCAGUUUCCCAGUUAACCGAAUCCCCAGACACCACCGAGGAAGCCACCCCUGUUCAGGAGGUAGAAGGUGACGCGCCAGACAUGGAAGACCAGGAGAGGCGGACUCAAGCCGUCCUGCAGGCGGUCGCGGAAAAAGUGAAAGAGGAAUCCCAGCUGCUGGAGACCCUCGGGCCGGAAGGUGUGAUCCAGACCUCACCGAAAGAGGAGCCCAGAGCCCCAGAGGUGGAAGGAGCAGAAGAGGGUCUGAGGAGAGAGAUGGAGGUACCUGGGGGGGAAACCAAGGCUGAGCACUCCACCCCAGGCCCUGUCGUUACCCAGACCAGCCCUGAAAGCUCUGAAAACAUUCCUCACCUCCCGGCGAGCGCAGAGUCCAAGAGGCCUGAAACCACUUGUCAAGAGGAAACUUUAGCUGAGGUCAAGUCCCAGGAGAAUGCAUCGGAAGAGGCUCAUCCUCCCGACUCGACUGAAACUCUGACAGACAGUGGGACCAACGGAAGCACCCCCGUAGCAGAUUUUGAAGCCCUGGAUACCAUGCAGCAAGAUGAAGUCGCGGAAAGCCAAGAAGAGGAUGCGGGCGUCUCGGGUACCCAGUCCCAGGUCACACUGGCAGAGGCUGUUCCUGGGCAGAAAGAGGGGCCUCCCUCACCACCUCAUUUUCAAUCCCAAGAAGAAAACAUAGAGCAAUCAGAAAUGGAAGAAAGUCUAGAUCAUAGAGAUCCAGAGGUGUCAGUGGAAGCUGUACCCAUUCUAUCCAAGACUGAGGGGAUUCAAGAGACCGGCCAGUUUGCUGAGGAGGAAGCCAAAGAUGGAGAGUAUGUCGAAGAACUCGAAGCGCCUUCACACACAGAAAAAAGCAUCAGCCAGGAAGAGGUCACUGAGGUUGCCCUGACAGGUGAAGUGACCAUGGGAGCGGAAAGCCAGAAUGAUAAUACUGAUCUCCGGAGCCCGAGUCCAGAGAUGGCAGCUCAGGGAGAAGAGGAGGAGACAGAAAAAAAGUCAGCACAAGUGAGUGAAGAAAUCCCUGAGCAAAAAGCAGCUGUUCCCGGAUCUGAAGAGCCCAGCCAGGAACUGGCUGAGACCGUUAGUGUGCCUGGCCUGGACGGGAGACAGGAAGAGGGCAGCCUUGAAGCAGUCUCUCCUGGCCCAGAUCCAAAGGGAGUGGGGUGCACAGAGGUUCAUGUGCAGAGCUCUGAGGCACUGGCAUCUCCAGCAGCAGUGGAGGAAAAGGUCUUAGAAGAAACUAUCGAGAUUUCAGAAACAGGUGAAAUCUUGGAGUGUGCAGGUGCACGUUUAGGACCAGAAGGAAGAACCUCUGAAAAAGAAGACUCGAUUCCUCAGCCAGGGGACACCAUUGUGCUCGAGGGGCCCGAGCCUCAGGCAGAAUCCAUGCCAGCAAUAGUAUCUGCCACUCCCGAAAGAGGCCUGCCCUCUGACCUGGAAGGAGAGAAGAGCACAUCACAGAAACAGAGGUCAGACGAAGACGAGGAGCAGACUGAUCAGCAGGAAGGCCAAAUGAGUGUAGCCAGAGACGAUCCCCUGGGCGAAAAUGAGGCUUGGGAACUUGAGACCAGGAGCAGUAAGUUUGUCCAGAACAUCAUUCAGACAGCCGUUGACCAGUUCACACGGUCGGAAGAAACAGCCACAGGUAUGCUCACAACUGAAUGGCAGACGCAGACCCUCCUGAUGCAAGCUGACAGCCAGGAGGCCACAGAGGAACCCAAGAAAGAAGAAGAAGAAAGUCAGGAAUCUGCGCAGGAUGAAAGGGAAGCUAUUGCAGCCCAAGAGGAGCCAGAGCUCACUGCUGUGCAUCCACCACUUGCUGACGCUUCCCAAGAUGUGAGCGCAGCUUCUGAAAAGAUCGUGACCGCUGAGAUCAAAAGUCCCAGUGUCAGUAACCAGCAGGGCGAAGAGCUGAUUCUCUCAUCCAAGGCCGAGGGAGAUGGAACAGGAAUGAAGUCUGUGUCGGAUGAGGGUCAGGCUGAAUUAGGAGAAAGAACAAAGAAGUUGCCAUUGGAGUCCAAAGAAGACGAAAAAGGAGAUGCUGACCACCCAGAGAACCAAAGCUCCACCCUGGCGGAUGCUGAUGCCUCGGGAGACUUAACCAAAGAGUCCCUGGAUGCCAAUGGACCAAAACCGAAAGAGGAGGAAGAUGCCCAGGAAGUAGGAUUUCACGGGGGAAAAGUGCACAGUGAGUCAGAGAAGGAGCCCAAACCCCAAACAGAAGAGCAGAUACAGAAGCACGGGAGAGAACUGGCAAGACCCGAACUGGCAGAAUCCUAAGACAUCGUUUAAACUCAUCGUAUAUUUGCAAGACCAGUAUGUGAAAACAAGUCGUGGAGAAGAUGCUGCUGAGACUUGAGACCAACGUUUCAGAACUUUGAGAACCGGAGAACAGGCAUGUCCGCUGAUCCCACUCCUAGAGCGCCCCCGACAAUCCUGAGGCUUCAUCAGGAGCUAUAGCCAUCCCACAGUUCCUUUGUUCCAAGACCACCUGUAUUUUCCCUUGUUACCUUAUAACAUUUCUGAUUCAAGGUUCUGAAUUCUUAACCUGGAACUGGAGUUGGCAAUAACCUGGUUCUGCUUCUCAAACUGGAGUAUCAUUCUUUAUGUAUUUAUGUGUGUGUCUUAGGUAAUCAUCCCUCUGUGUUUACUGUAUGUUUUUUCUUACUGUGUAAGGACACGUGCAACAUAGCACAUGCCCUUUGUGUCACACACUAUAUGACGGGGUGUGCAGCUGUGGGGUAGCCUUGGAAAGACUUAAGCCUCAAUGAUAAAACCUGUGAAAAACAGCUUCUGAGAAAUAACAUUCCUAAUGAGAAGGUACAGUUCUUACUUUAAAAUUCACUAAUGCUCAGGUCCAUGGUAGAAGCACUCUGAAAUCCAUCACUUUCCUAUUAUGCGCAAUGAGCUAAAAAUAAAAAAAAAAAAAAAGCAUUUUGAAAAAUACAGUAUGUUCCAUUGUUACUGUGGGAUUUUUCUUUCUAGUCCAGGGACGGUUGGAAAAAAGGCCUUUUCAGUAGCAAAUGAAGUCCUAAGUCUUUGCUCCUAAUUGUUACUGUUGUUUGGACAGAUGAGUGUGCUGAUUCUGAGGCAGAGUAGUGAGAUGUUUUUUUUUUUUUUUUCAUGUUAUGCAGAAAAGAAUUGACUGUUGUAAGUUUUUGAUUUUUACUCUUGUAUGCUGGGCCGUAUUCAGAGAUGGAGUCCGGUUCUUUACAAAUGGUAUUUUGAUAGAUACUGGAUUGUGUCUGUGUCAUAUUUGUGCCCCUUCUUUUUAAGAACAAUGUUGCAUUGUGUUCAUUUGGAUAAAUUGUGAUUUGACAACUGAUUUAAAUAAAAUAUUUGCUUCACUUAGA